GAGUUGGCAGAAAUUAUAAGGAACGAAAGCAAGCCAGGAACUCGAAAGAAUUCUUCAAAACAUAGAAAUGAUAAAGAGGAAAAGUUCAAGGCACGUACGUAGCUUCAGUUUGGACAAACCGAUCAUAACUUUGUAAGGGCAAAAUUUCAAGCCCCAUAACCCUGUAAAUUUUUUUUUGGGCCAAGCCGUAUCUUGCAUGCCUCAGCAAACGAAAUAGCUACGACAAAAAGAUGCAUGGAAAAUAAAGAGCGUCAAAGCUAGUCUCCCAUUUUCAGAAGCCGUGUUCUCCUUAGAAGCUCAUUCAUUGGUUCUUUUCCUCUGUUCCAACCCUCGUACUCACUUUUUUACAUUGAUAUUUUAAUUUCCAGGAACCAGAAACACUCAAGAAUACAAGACCUGCUGCAGAAAAUAGAAACGAAGCCAACGAAGACAUUGUAAGAUUCAAAUGAAUGAUACAUUUCUUCAUCAAUGCAUUUCUAAAGGAUAAACUUUGCAAUUGGGCAAUUGGGCAUCUUUAAGUUGAAAGACAGGGUCAUUGUGUGUUGAAUUGCACUUUGGAAAUGUUUGUAUAACAUAUUUCGACACACUUUGCUGCGUAACUUUGUAAAAUUCAAUCAAAGAAGCCAUGGCGUCCAUGAAACAGUCCCAUAGUGCAAUACGACACCACAUGACUCAGUCUCUCCCUCAGCUACCAAAUAGCGAAUGAAUUAAAUUUUUCUUUCCCCCGCUCCCAAUAUAGGGUCUGCUUAGUAUAGGUUUGACUUUAUUUCAUUUUUCUUUUCUUUAUACCACAGGGAAAUAAAACAAGUUAUAAUCAAAAUGAAAGUGGAGGUCAUAAAGAACCAUCCAAGGACGUAGAAGAAGUAUGUCACCGAAUUACUCUGGCUCAUUGUUCGGAUUAAUACCAUGCGCAGGGCCUGUCUUUAAUGGAAUUUUCAAAAACAGCCUGUUGGCCGUUCAGCUUGAAAAACUCCCCAGCGUUUUUGGUAGAAUUCUACUAAAUUAAACAAAACAUCCUUAAAAGCUAAAUACAAAUAAUGGACUUUAAUUCUUGUUACCUUUCCGAAUUCUUCAUCACUCGAGAUAAUAAUUAUCCUACGUUAAUGAUAAAAAGUUAUCUGUUUUUCAGAAAACAGCAGACUCUUCGAAUGACGACCCUCCAAGCCAACAAAAGAUAACAGAGGAAGAAAAUGAAAAAGUAAGUAUGCCGUCUGGUGGGGGCGAAAACAAUUACAUGCGCUUGUUGGUAGUUUCUCGGUGUUGGGGAUUGUGCAAACCAAAUGAUAUCGUAAAAAAGAUCGAAAAUACACUGACCCAACAACAACAAAAAAAACAAUACUUAGCCAACAAUGUCUUUCGCAACACACCCACUUGGUCAAGUCAUUAGUUUGUGACGGAGUCCUGAAUGGAAUGUAUUUCUUUGUAGAAUUCGUUCCUCAACAAGUAUUUGAGUGAAAGUGAAUCAGAAGACGAGGAAAUACUGCAAGAACCUGAGAAAAAGAAAAAUGAGAAGCAAGCAGAAAGGUACAACCCUUGACUUCCGGAGUAGAACCUAAGAUAAAAAUGGUACCCGUAGAAAAACUUUUUUCACAAUUGAUAUCUCAUCGAGCUGUCUAAGUAUUUUAAGAAACAAAAUUUUUGAAACCUUAACCUAGUUGCCUAAGCAUUAGAAGUUAGCUUUAGCGCAAUUUGCUUAUUUGUCAAAGGCGUGAUUUGAAACACCUUAGAAUACUCAAAAUCGCUUUGUGCAAAUAGAAGCGUCCUGAGUGUCGACGCUUGAUUGGAGGCACGAACCAGGAGGCAAUUAAGGGAAGUUUGAAAAGUUGUUGGCAAGAUAUAUCGAUGAGGCCUUCGAAUCCUGACCUUUUCUAACAAAAAAGCUGUUCAUUUCACUCUCCUCAGCUGUAUCCUGUUAAAGACAUGAGAGGCCUAGGCCAAAUGUCGAACUUUUCAUGAGACGAACCAAACUUAGUUAAGGUAAGUUCGUCUGAAUGAGUUUGGAUCGUCUAUAUCCGUUUGCGUUAGACAAAGAGAGGACGUCUGAACGUCUGAGUGUUUGGUUCGUCACAUCAAAAAGUCGAUGUUUAGCCUUGACCAGGCUUUUUUUUUUGCCCUAUUCAUUUCAUUUCACGUACCUUGGUUAAGAAUGCCAGUAGGCUCGAUUACCAGCCGCUGUUCGGGAAAUGAGCCCGCCCUCCUUGGUCGAACAGCUCGGGGAGGACCGAGAGAGCAGCGGAAAUCGAGGAAACCGAGACUGCCAGUCCAGGAAAGAUACCCUGUUCAAGACGUUAAAUAGUGAAAUUAUGCACCCUGUAUACGAUACCAUGAUUAGGCCAAACAAGGGAUCGCUCUCAAGGAAACGAUAGACUAAGGGCUUAGGUUUGCAAGGCCAUGUGAUCCAAACAAGCGUAUUAAGAGUAUACAGCGUUUUCAUUCACCUGGCCAGCGUCUAUGCAAAUUCAUUGGAACAAUUGGAACAUAAGAAAAGAGUUCAUCUCCCACAGGAUUGGUUUCGAAAACCAACAUGGACGCCAUUCCAUUGUUUUGGAACACCAAUAUGGCCGCCGUGACGUCAUGUGAAAACGCUCUGUAGGGGAAACCUCAAUCCUAGAUUAAAUUUGUUUCAAUCAACUUUUUUUUUGUUUUAGCAGGAAGCCUGAUAAAAAGAAAGUAAAAAAGAAAACUAAGAACUCAAAACCACCAACUCAGCGAAAGCCUUCUCAGAGGUGGAAAAACUUAAGACUUGUUGUUGGAGAUGACAGGUAUGAACACUUUUAAAGAUAAUUCCAAAUUGGCAGAUCUAGCCUUCUCCGCCUGUACUACCGGUGCCUAAUACAAUGAAAGGGGCUAAUCUAAAUAAAGUACCGUAGAACUUCAGCACUGGUAACUUAUUAUAUUUAACACUAUUGCAGUGAAGAUGAGGAGAAACGAGUCUUAAAACCUCCACUUAAAGUAAAGCCAACCCGCAAGGAAAGGUAACGUGUAUGUUUGUGGGCAUAUUAGUCUGUUCAUAACCUUUUAUUUGCUCUUAACAGAUCGGCAAGCUCAUGUUCGAAAAUAAACACCAUGGAGACGGAAGAGGGAAAGGGGGGGGGGUUGGUGACCUCUAGGGAUGGGUUAAUAUAAUAACUAAAACUGCAUGUUUAAGGCAAAAUAACUGCCAUCUAGUUGAUUCUUGGAUAAAACCCACAGAUUCAUACAGUGAAAAGUUCAAGAAGUGAUAUUUCAAGAGAAGUUGAGUUCAUUCUAAUUACAGGCUGAACCCACGGUAUGUUUAACCGCACAUUCAGUAUUCUAACUGCUCUGAUUACAUUGUUGCGUUUUGCAUAAAGUCAAAAUAAUAGGCAAAACCUACACAGACGGUCCACAGUUUCCAGAAUUCCAACCGCUCAGGCAGAGAGCUCGACAGAGAGCGAGGAGGAAGAUGACCGAGUGUUAGACGGCAAAGUGGUGAGCCCGCAAUAGAUAAGACCAGCAUUAGUCGCUUUUCGGUGCAGCAUACGUGCGCUCGAGCGUAGCCUUUGAAGUAAAAAGAUAUCUUCAAUCGGCUAACUUCUAAAAUAUAAUAGCAUAGGCUAAUCGAGGCAAUAUGGUUAUCUAUCCCUCCGACAAAUUUUGGAAGUCACGUGACUGUACGUCCGCCCGCCCGCCCGCCCGCCCAAGUUUGUUGUUUGAAUCUUUUAUAAGUCAAUCAACGGGAGCUUCACUUUCAACUUUAGUUGUAGUACUUGCCUCGAAGUUUAAGACUGCUAUUUGCAAUUGGAAAUGCAAUAGGUAUAUAUAGGACAAUAUUAUUGAGACCUAUUACAAAUAAAUUUUUUAAAGAGGUGUUUUUAUACAGAAAAAACGUAUUGGGGUGCACUAGACUUAGUAAACGCUGCUAUACUAGUACAAAACAUGAGUUAAAAAUUUCGCUGUUGAAGAGUGGGUACGAAAAGAGUUGAAUGAAAUCCAACUAGGUCAGAUCAAUGUUGCCAACUCAGAUUGGGCCUUUAUGGGGAAAACUGCUCAAAAGAAUACAUGGAUAAGUGAUGAUUACUAUAUUUUCUUGCAGAGUGAACUGAUGAUUUUUUUUUUGGUUUGUGCAGGGUGUGGCUGACCUUCCUUCGGAGUAUUGGCAAAUACAAAGGCUCAUCAAGUUUUUGAAGGUGAGAGUGUCAUCGCUGAUGAAACAGUGAAUAAGGGAACCAACUGACAACUCGAAGCAAGAAAAGGCCACAAAAAAGGGAAAACAGUACGGCAUAAUGGCGUGGAAGUGGCGCAUGAAGAAAGACUGCUGGCUUUUUCAUGGUCGUACGGAUGUUGGAGACGAGUGCUGAGCGAAAGGGUCAUGGAAAGGCAAAAUUCCCCUCUUCGGAUCCCUCCCUUCGCUCUCGCUUUCCUGAAUAGAUAACUAAAUAUCCCCGGAUAAGCGAUCUUCUGGAGAGAAAGCAGUGGCGAGAGUAACUUGAAAGACCCACUCAAGUUAAACCUGUUUAAAUCCUGUUUUUUCUAGAUUGGUAACCAAGUCGCCACGGUGAUUACACUGUGUUCUCUGACUGACUUUAACUUAACUCAGGAGAUGACACAGAUGGCCAUCAGAGAUGUUAAUGGACUAGCAGUUCUUGUCAAUAUUCUUAGAACUGAUCACAUUAAUUGCCAGGUAAAGAAAGAGGGACUUCCUCUAACAGGCUUCAAGGUGGGGCUCCUUCCGAAGAGGUUUUCACUCAAGCAAGGGGGAGGGGGGGGAUUACACGAGAUGAGGUAUAGACAAGGGCAAAAAAACCCCUCCCAUUUAGGCAUUCAAUAAGGACCUUUCAAGGUGUCUGGAAUAAACCCCCCCCUCCCCCCCUAAACACUGAUCAGUUCAGGCUAGUUUCUCAACGCUUUCUCAGGGCAGAAAAGGUAUACAACAUUGUCAAGCUGUAGGAAAAAGAAAAGAUUACCACUUCUGUGGAAGGGAUAUAAAAGGGCUACCGUCAGGAGAAAUUGUUAUAUAGAGAAGUGUGGACAGUGGCCUGUGAUGGAGUACAUCCGCGCAACAAUUUGUUGUCUACCCCGCCGCGCCCCUUCCCCCGAUGACCAGAUACUUCCAUGGUUUACUUGUUUAUGUAUCCCUACAUUUUAGUAAUGUAACCAUCAUUCAUAUAAUACCUAUACCCCGCCCCCUCCCCCCCUGAUGACCGGAUACUUCCAUCGUUUGCUUGGUUAUGUCUCCCUACAUUUUACUAAUAUAACCUAGUAUCAUCUAUCAUCUAUAUAAUAAAAAAAUAUCUGUGCUGAGACUUUACAGGUAAGUAGUAAAUGCUUAUUUCCUCUUAUCAAAGUCCCGGCAGACUGUUUUAAAGACAUCGCGAUUGUCAAUAAGCACAUAGUCGGCAAUGGAGGUCGAGGAUAAAACAACUGAGUGUUUUAUCAGGGUGUAAUUCAGCUCUUUUGUUUUUGCUCAAUAGAUUGGUGCGUUAAAGGUUCUUCGACAGUUAACAUUAAACAGUAAAUACAACAGGCGAGCAGUAAUUAACAUAGGAGGUAAUUAUAAUUUACAGUCUUGGUCUUGAUAUUUCCCUUCCUGCCUCCAAUUUCCCUCCCAUAAUUUCAUACCUUCCUUCAGGGACGAGAUUGAUCCUUCCCGUCCUUUCUUCCUUUAAUUUUCCUCCCUUUCUCCUUUUCUUCUUCUUCAGUCCUUUCCUUUUCCAAAACUGUCUUCCUUUUUUCUCAGCCCCUUUCGUGUUUAUUUUUCCAUCCUUCCCUGCAUUCACUUUCAUCUUUCCUUAAAUUUCCCUUCUUCCUACCCGUUCUCCCAUAUCCCGCAGCUUUCCUUAUACUGUCGAACCUCCCGUAAGCGACCGCCCAAAAUGCAAAGACUUAGGGGUCGUUUACGGGAGGUGGUCGCUUACAAGAAUCGAAUCACAGGGAACCUCUUCCGAGAAGUGGUCUGGGCACAUCUUCUUUAUGGAAGAUAAGUUAUUGCAUGUAGUUUCUAAGUUACGCCAUGUGUAGUUCCAUUUUGUUAAAAAAAUUCUUCGUAUAUUCAAAGUAGCACAGUGCGCACAGCGAACAUAGACAUCAGAGAAUGCGUCAAUUUGUCGCUUACAAGAGGUUAAAAGCCAUAGAAAAUCAUCAACCUUUCAGGCCCAAAAAGUGGUCGCGGUCGCUUACAGAAGGUGGUCGUUUACUAGAAGUUCAACUGUAAGGCUUUGACUGGGAAAGUUUCGGUGUUUUGGAUAGGCAGUCGCCGCGAUGGGAGGUGGUCGCUUGCGAGAAGUGGUUGCACACGGAGGUUCGACUGCAUUCUUCUACUCCGUUCCACAUUCCUUCCUUCCUUCUUUUAAUUGUAUGCCUUAAUAUAAUAUCUAAUUCGAAUUUCAUCACCUUUAAGUUGUUCAGAUUUUGAUUGAUCUCAUCGACGAUGCUCGUGCACAGGGAGUCCAAGGUUUAGCUGCAGCUAAUCUGUCGAACAUGGCCAAGUCGAGUUUGGGACGAAAUAUUCUAAAGCGAUAUGACGGGAUACAAAAACUCGUGAGUAUUCGAGGAGAUGGGAAACUUUUUGCCAGAAAUUUGCCUAACCGAAGGUUUUAAAGAGAUUUAUGUUAAUUAUCUUUUGCACACACGUUUAUUCUUUCCAACCAAGUCUUCCGAGGGCUGUCCAAUAUACCUGUCCUGUAAUAAAGGUCCGUAUAAACCAUGUUACGAUCCAUGUUUGUAUGGACCGAGAAAUUCUGUUAGAGCGUGCUUUUUGCGCUUUAUGGGUUAUAGAACAAGAAAUGUUACAUUUGGAACGUGCUUGAUUCGCUUCAUAUAACGAGGAAUUUACGAUCCAUAUCAUUCAAGUACUCCAUAUGUACCGCACGAACCGAAUCACAUUAGGGCCAUUUAUACGAGGAAAAAUAAGACGCGAACUGUAUCAUUUAUACGAGCAUGUCUUAUCUAAUAAGACGCGUCUUAGCUAAGCAGCAUCUUAUUUUAGACGAAAUGUGCCGUUUAUACGGAAAGUUCGCGUCUUAUGUAAGACGCGUCUUAUUUUGCCUCCUAUAAAUGGCCCUAUUGUGCCCUGAUGUAAUGACGCAUGAAAUGCACGCUUCGUAAGAGUGCUCAGAAUAUCGACUGGUAACGAUGCUAAAAGUUUGUACAGAGGUACGAUCCGCGGUCAACGCGGCUUUUAACGGUCCGUAACAGUGCGGCAGUACAGUAUUAGACCUGACUGGAGUAUUCAACAGCUUCAGCAGAUUUUGCUUAAGGCCCCUUACACACAUGUAACCGAAGAAUUUUCAUCAGCACACUGUUUCUGUUUCUUUCUUUCUUUUGUUGUUGUAGGUGGAUUUACUAAACUACGAAGAUGGAAAGGGACGCCGCCCAGACAACCAGUCACCAGGCCAAGACGGGGCAAAACUAGAAGUUGCGCGUAAUGCCGCGCUUGCGCUGUGGAGUUGCAGUAAGAGCACGCGCAGUAGGUUUGUGACGUAACUAGCCAUUACCAUUUUUGGGCAUCAGUUUCGUGCGUUGUGAUUGGUUUAGGCCAAAACCAAAAUAAAGUAAAUGUCGCCGAGAGGACUGAAGAUGAAUAUAAGUUAAAUAGUUUUUUUUAAUGGAGGCCAUAUUGCAACACAUUGAUGAUGCUUGUUGCACUUUAAGUUCUUCAGUAUCGUCUAUCACGCUACCAAUAGUCGAUCAUUUUAGCGACACCCACAAAGACAUAGCGCCGAUAAUAUUUAGCAAUUGUCUCCCUUUCAGUUCCGGUAACAUUUUGUCUGACGUUGACGUCGUGGUUUCAGAGCAUUCUCUUUACUAUUUUCGCACGACAACGAGUGAUUGAACCGGAGAGACAAAAGUUUAUCCUUGUUAUUCUGACUGCAAUCAGUAGCCCUUAUAUUUACCGAGACCGCGGCAAGCAUCUUAUUUUUCUUUUGAGUCACAGUAGAUCGAGAGCACGCGUGAGGGCAAGCGGCAAAGCAGCGAGGAACGAAGGCAGAAGCCCUUCCAUAAUUUUACUUUUCACUCGCCACACUCGAUCACCCAAACUGUCUAAGAUGCACAAUGUAGAAGUGUACUGUACUCUUAUAUGAAGAUCUCGAAUUGCUUCUGAUGCAGGUCAGCAAUUUACAAGGCUGGCAGCGUGCCUUUACUCGCUAAACUCAUCAAGCUGGACAAAGAGGAAUUUCUUAUUCCUAUAGUAGGCUUAGCACAAGAGUGCGCUGUGGAGGUAAACUAUAAAGUAAAUGGACUGUAGAGUACCCUAAGUCAGCUCCGUCUGGAAUUAAGUUUGGUGUUUCGCUUGGUGUAACGAUUCAUUUAGACACAAAGAACAACUUCCUUUGGUUAUUUUUCACGCCAGGGAGGUCAGCAUUUAUUUUUCUCUUUGCUUGCUUUGCACGAGCGGAUUUAGGGGAGGGCUGAGGGGGAAAAAUAAAAAGUAUCCAAAAUAGAGCUUUUAAGUGUCCCGGCCACCCCUUUCCGAAUUUUCUGGAUUCGUCCCUACUUUAGCUCUGUUUUAGAUAUCAGGUUACCCGAGUUAGCAAAGACAGAUAUCUAACAAUUCAACACCUAUUUCUUAAAUACCCUCCUUGCAUACGCAAAUAGCAUCGUAUUACUAAAAGGCAUUGUAUAUAAGGAAGUAGAUGAUAAUAAUAAAUUAGCCCAGUGGGCGUGGUGAGGCGUGGGGGACGAAUUGAUACCCGAGCUACAUUGCAUCAUCCGCUCUUUUUCUUCCAUAGUCUCGUUUCAGGGAAGCUUUUUACAAGGAGAAUAUAAUAGCAGCUAUUGUUCGUCGGCUGCAAACAGAUAAUGAAGAGCUCCAAGGUUACUGUGCCAAUGCAAUAUUUAAGGUGAGUUGGCGACCACUACAUUGACUGAGUCAGGUUUUCCCACUACCCUCCCCUCCCCUCUAACAUUAAUGAUUCAAAACGAGAUCAUUAUCCCAAUACUUUUACAUUCAUGUAGUAGACGCAUUGGGGAUUUUCCUGUACUAUUUUAGAAAUGUUUUUGGUGCUCAAUUCCGAUAUUCUCCUGACAUUUUGCUUAAGUAACCAAUUAUAUCAUAGGGAGAUAUUAGAUGCUGAUCACUAAUAGAGUUGCAAGAAGAUAAUGUUAGACCCGUGUCGAUAAUUUUCCCGCCUUUUAUCGCAGUGUGCAGAGGACGAAGGCACGAGGAAAGCUGUGUAUGACUGCGGAGGACUGGACACACUCGUUUCUCUCCUCUCUCGCCAAGAUAACAAGAAGCUGUUGGCCGCAGUGACAGGAGCUAUUUGGAAAUGUGCAAUAAGUGAAUACAACGUAAAAAGGUAUUAAUGCUGUACUGAUACACUGGAAGGGGCCAAGAGAGUAGAAAAUGGAACAUAUUAUUGAGGACUUGACCUGGUGUUUUCUCAAGUUUAGCGGGCUUCCAAGAAUAGCAUGUCUACACGCAAAACGACCUAUUUAUGUCAGAACUUGAAUUAGUAAACCGAAUUCCACUAGAGAAGUAACCAGUUGUCUGCCUUCAUCCUCUUAUUUUCGUGCAGUGUAUCCAUCACCGCGCUUAAACGGAAAAAUUAAUUUCAUUACAAUAGUUUAGAUAAGAUUUAACUUUCAGAGCACCAAGUGUAAAUUUGGCUAGAGCUGAAUUUCAAAGAAAUGCAAAGUCUUCGUCACCACCCGCUUGCUGGAGGAAAUAAGUUGAUUUUGGGCCGUUCUCAUGUUCCGUCCAGGUGGGACGGAUGUACCUGUAGGAACCCACUUUUUCUUUCCUUUCUCUUAUUCUCUUUCGUUUUCAUUUCCAUGUUCAGUAUUUCGCUUAUUCAUGCGUCGUCUUGAACGUUAUGUCAUAAGCUGAAGACUAACCGUUAUUCUCUCACUCAGACUGAUGGAAGUCAACGUUGUGGAGACACUUGUUAAACUUCUUCAAGCAGAAGAAGAAACAGAGGAACUUCCGGAGCAGGUUAGUUGCGCAGAUUGUCCAAAGUCACUCUUAACUACCUUGACUCUAAUGUUAACAAAACAGAAAUGCAAAAAGUAAUUACCUUCUUAUUCUUAAAAGCUUUCAAACGAUAUAUUGUAAGAUGAUGAAAUGUCAUAUACUCCCUUUUAAACUUGUUUUUUGAAUUAACUAUCGUGCGCUGUAACUGCACAAUCUCCAGUUUUAACCAGAAAUCCAUGGCAUGGUUUGCAUCUCCUCUAGACUUCCGCUAUAUUCAUUGCCCCCUUUGACCUGCAUCUCCUUUGUUAUGAGGGUUAGAAGUAUUGCACUGCUCAAGUUAUAACUGCGUGGAGAACUGAGUUUUGGAAAAGAGGUCAGUAACCUUCAGUGCUGGAUUCUCUAAUACCCGGAUUACCCCCAGCCAUUUGCUGGAAGACUGGCACUAACAAGCCGCAUAAAACCAUUUAUUCCCUAGGUGGGAUGAAUAAAUCUCCUUUGGUAAAACUAUCGAUAACACUUGUAAGUUGUAACAGUUUACUCGUCCCCUACUCAUACGCUCCAUUUGACUUUCUAUCGUUCUCAUAAACCCGAUUAAGGUUCAACUUCAUAUCGUCGGAGCCAUCGCAGAACUUGCCAAAGAUCCCAGAGCUCCACUGGAAAUGCUACGAUGCAAAGGCUGCAGGACUUUAGUUGACAUUCUCAAUAUACCAAAUGAGGAACUCACCAGUACAGCGGCAAGAGCUAUUGCCGCAUGCGCGGUAGAAGUUGGCUGUCGAUCGUAAGUGGUGAUGGUGCUAUUCUUAUUUUUUCAAAAAUUAUUCAUGUCCUUGGUGUUUUCUUUUUAAAAAAGAUGAUGCUGUGGUUUUCACCGUCCCACAGAAAAGACUCAGAAAAAUUUUCAAUCUUUGGAAAUAAAAAAUCGUAUAGCCCAAGCACUCAACUCUUGGGUUACGAUCGAUUUAAAGAAAGUUAACAAUUUGUUUGAAAUUAGCCUUUCCAUACAAAAAAGUCAAAUUUACAAAACUUUAGCACGAAACAGGUUAGUAAAGUAAAAAAGAAGCAAUUCCCACGUUUUAUGUUACGAAUUUACAGGAAUAUACGUAUCGGAAUUCAGUAAGUCAAGCUCGCGUUAUUAGAAAACGAUCAUUUUUUCCCCUUUAUCUGGUUACUUUUAAUUAUUACAACAAACACAUCGCACAGCUUUUAAAAUUACAAGUGAUUUUUGAUCUGAACUAGCUCAGUUACAUCUAAGUAUACUUUAUUUCAGAGUAUUCAAUAGAUUGGAAGGACUAAGACUUCUGUGGUCCCUAAUGAAGUCAAGAAACAACAAGGCGAGUAGUAUAUGACUAUAUAUGAUAUAUUGUGCUAAACUGACAUUAAGUUACUUUUCGCAAACGAUCAAAUAGCGCUAAUUUGUCAGGUCAGUCUCUUUAAUACUUGUAGAUUAUUACAGAAGAUUUAAAGAAAACUAAAGGUUUUGCUUCAUCCUGCUGGUUUUUCAGGUAGUUUCCGGUGCAGCGUGGGCAGUGUACAGACUAAUGCAGGACACACCGGUACGGUAUACAAGAAAUUCGAACCAUAUGCACAAAUGUGAUUAUUGCAUAGUGGGCGAUUUCGCCCAAGAAACUGUCUCGACUUGCGUUUAAGCUUUGUUAUAAUGCGCUUAGAGUUAACAAGAAAGUUUUAUGCUGGAAAUGCAAUCGUCCAAAAAAUUAAAUUGAGAAGAGUUUCAGAGUUUCCGGUUCACUAGCUACGUGAGGUCGCGUGCACAAACGUUUACUUAAACACAACGUUCAAUUACAUCCCUUCUCGCUUACAUCAGGGUUAAAGAGAUUUCUGUAAUGAGAUCAAAUUCAAAAUUAUCCGUAGGAGGCCUGGGAAACAGCCCGAUCUUUUGUUGGAGGACUGGAUCUGAGUGUUCGUCUGCUUAAGUCACAUGACUUGGAGGUAAGUUGCAACUGUUCACUUAAAAAAGUUGCCAAACUGAAGACAACCAAGAGAAGUGGUUAUCCUUGCAUUCUUCCACAUACAUUGUACUCGAAAAGAAACCAUCACAGCCACUCAAAUAAUUUACUUCCUUUACCAUUUUACGUUGCGCUUUGCGAAGGUACAAAAUAUCUUUUCAACUAUUUCAGGUUCUUACAAGCGCUUGCGCAGUAAUAUCUAUCGUGGCCUGUGAUCGAGAGAACCUGGGCGUCAUCACAGAUUAUGGCGUUGUUCCUCACUUGGCUCAUCUUACGCAUAUGGUAAGAAGAUAAUCCGCUGUACUAAUUUAAAACUGCUAGAGCAGCACAUUCUUUGAGAUGAAUAAAGGGUUUGUUUACUUUUAGCGAUUUAGCUGUUAUCAUCAAUAGACUUACAUCAGCAUUGAGAUUUCAUCGUUGGCAUUAUCAAUACUUCCCAUCAUCAUCACCAUUAUUAUCAUCGUCAUCGUUAUCGUCAUUGUUAUUAUCAGAGUCAUAGAACCCUUUUAUAAAAACUGAAUCAUUGGAUAAUGCUAUUCUAGAGCUCUGACUGCCUUAGCCGUCAUGGUAUAUGAGCCAUUAUACCAUGCUCUCCAAAUAUGGCAACUGCACGCUGCUCAAAAGUAAAAACAAGCUGAGAAUAGGUUGUUUUUACACAUAAAGUCGGGAAGAAUUCUCGAUAUUUUGUGGGCGUUUUUAAUAAAACAAUUAUUCCACUCGCGCUUGUUGGAUAUGAGGUGAUUAUACCCAACUCGGCGCUACGCGCCUCUUUGGCUAACUACCAUCUCAUAUCCAACGGGCAAUCGUGGAAUAGUUGUUAAAUGCAUCAGUAUGUCUCCUUUACUAUCGCCGAUCGCAAGACCAUCAACACUAUAAACUGUAAAAGCUGUGCUGAGUUAUUCCUAGUUGCCGUCGUCUUCGUAAUCGUUGUUCUGUUGUUGGGUCAUCAGGGAUUUCGACACCCUGAUUAUAAACUCCCGGCUACCGUAUAUUCCUGAAAGCCAUGUUAUCGGCUAUAGUGUCUGUAUGCGCGGCUUAUUUAUCUAGAAAUGCAAGGUUUCUACUGGUUUUCUGCAUAGCGUUGCAUCAGUAACAUUUCUAUCAUCAGAGUUCUUUUUUUUUCAUUUUUUUAGACUGACAUACGUCUAAGGCGUCACCUGGCUGAAGCUAUCGCCAUGUGCAGCAAAUGGGGCAACAAUGCCAAGCGCUUCUGCGAUGAAGGUGCUGUCAAACCUAUGGUAGAGUACCUGGGAUCACAUGACAUCAUUGUGCAGCGGUCAGCAAUGCGGGCUCUUGAACAACUAGGCAAGAAUCCGGAAAGCUGCAUCAUAAUGCACCGGAGUGGAGUCGUCAAGGUAACGAGCCUUUUUCGAAAGUAUCAUGACUUUUCCCUUGCUGAAUAAAAUAUUUACAAAGCACAUGCUUUCUCUGACCGAUAAGGCCAUAGGUAAAGCAAACGUCUAAAAAGGGUCCAGACAGAACACGGGUAGUAAAAGGAGCAACACAGCUUUUUAACUGGUUUUGUAAAACAAGUUGAACGUUUCUAUUGCCCUUUUUAUUGUAGCUAGCGUUACCAAGACCAAUUGCAUCCUUUUUUGAUUUGCAGCUCUUGUUGGAGAUGGUUGGUUCUGAUGAUGCUGGACUACAAGAAGCUGCAGCUGGAUGUUUAUUAAACAUGCGACAGCUAGCGAUGGCCAAUGAACGAGCAAGACAGGACAAGGAAUCGAGGAACAGUGACUCGGAAGCUUAG